AUGGCGAACAAACCCAGAAGAUUGUUGGAAAAAUACGAAAUUUUACUAGAACACUUAGAUUUUGAGUACAUCGAACGGUGCACGGACGAGCGAGAGUUGGAAAAAAUAGUAAAAAUUCUUCGGUCCGGUGAAGAAGGUUACUUCCCCCAACUGACAUCCUUCGCCGAGCAAUGUUUGCAAGCGUUAAAUCCGAGCAGCAAAAUUUUCCGGAAGGAAACUCCCCUGGGAACUAAGGACAGUGUGCCAAGUGAGUCGUGGAAUCAAAUACAGAGUGAGUUGGAGCAAUGGAAAACCGAAAUAACGACCGUUCAUGAGCGGAUUCUAAACUUAAAAGAUGAGCCAGUGACAUCGAAUGUUCCCAUAAGAAAUUCCGGCGUUAAUACUGUUAAUUAUUUGGAAAGCCAAAACGUGGUCCCCAGCAAUGUUCCGAGACUUCGAUCCUGUGAUUAUCAAGGCUGGGAUCAGUAUGACGCCGAGACCGAAAUGCUAAAAAUGGAUCUCCACGAAGAACGAUGCAAAGAGUCGGUUGGAAAGCAGAACAAAGCGAACGAUAAUGGGGACGGGGAUUAUUGCACGACAGAGCACAGCACAUUGGGGGAACUUUCCGAACCGGAACGGAAAACGUUGGCUAGCAGUGCGAGAGAAAAGGGAAACGAUUAUUUCAGAUGUAAAGAAUUUGAUAGCGCGCUUCGCGAGUACACGUUUAGUCUGAAGAUAUUUCCGACUGCGGCGUGCUUCAAUAAUCGCGCCAUGACUUAUUUAAAACAACAACGGUAUUCGGAGGCAAUCUUAGAUUGCGAUUCAUGCUUGAAAUUGGAGCCAAACAAUUCGAAAGCUUUUCUUCGAAAAGCAGAGGCUUUGCUAAAUAAUAAUCGACCUCGAGAGGCAUACAAGAUGUACUGCAACGUAUUGUCCUAUGAUGCCAACAAUACGGUAGCCUUAAAACGAGCGGAUGAUCUUCGUAAGCAGUUUUCCGAUUUACCGCCACCCAAUGCAUGGCAGAUCACGAUAGAGGACGUGCGAAAUGAACCUGAAGAAGACGAUUACGUCGCUCUUAUAAAGCCUAAAAGAAUAACUAAGGACAAACUUCCCAAUGCUAUUAAGCUGUUAGAGAAAGAAACCGCGAAAAUAGUUCAAAAUUACUCGGUUGAAAACCAACAAAACACCGUUAAAAUAGGCACUACCCUAUUCCAGCCCGACCCAGGCGUAAAAAAGAAUCUAAUUGAAGAACUUUAG